AUGGCUAUUGUGGUACAGAGGAGUAUUCCAGGCGAAGAACUUCUAGCCGCCAUUUUGGAUUCUUGGCCAAUUGUGAUUUUCAUUGGGAUGUCGUUAUCUCUCAGUGGAAUUGUCAUGUGGGCUCUGGUAAGAGAAUUGGCCUUAAUUGGCUCAAUUAGUUUAACAUCAAGGGCAAAUUAUGUUGCACAGCAACAUGGACAUUUCGAUCAGAUUCUUAAGAGUAAAGCUAGUUUUGAGUAGAACUAAGUAGCUUUUUGUUGAUCAUACAGAUGAUCUCGAAUCUUUACGAAUCUACAAAAAAGCGAAAAACAAAAUAGAGUCCACCUCAGCUGUUCGGCUUGCUGUGGCAAAAUUAUUUUUAUAUCUAUUUUGGUCACGUGAAGUUUGUAACCGUAGGAAAGUGCUGCUUAGCUGCCAUAAGGUAUUUAAACAGGAUCUGCUCGCGAACUAUCAAGUUCUGUAAUUCGUAAGCCCUUUGAAUUGAAUUAUGAAUUUAUAAUGAGUCGUCUCUCAGUUCAUUUACUAAUGACUAUAACUUUACUGUGCUAUAUCAACUCAAGUAUGUUUUAAUGUUGGUCAUACAUUAUGUAUCCUCCAGGACAAUCGUAAAAACUCUGAGGAGUUCCCAAAGUUUUUCCCAAUGGGCGUAUUCGAAGGAGUCUGGUGGGCUGCUGUCACCAUGACAACAGUUGGGUACGUAGCUUGCAAGAGUAUGCUAGGCAAGUCAAAGAAUAAAAAAGUAUGAAGGUACAAUUUGCUGAGGUAGAUAGAGAUGAACACCAAAAGUAUUUGUGACGAGACAAAAACUUGUUUGUGCUAACGCAAGGGCAUUUUAUUUGAAAGUGAUCUUACUCUGUUUUUGGCAGGACUUUCUAACCCACCACUUGCCGCUGAUUGCCACCACACAUUGUAUCUCCUCGUUAUGAUCACCAAUGUACAACAGCAAGUUCCCUGUGUUCUUAGGGUGACCCAUCUGGACAGGUCCCUCUGCAAACGGAGAUUACUUCAUAAGUGUCUUCGGCCGAGUGGAUACACGGCUCUCAAUUUUAUACGAAGUAGUGUUAAAGAGGCCCCUGUUUUUAUUGGAUUCAUAGUCUUAUCUGAUUAAGUUUCUUAGGCAUACAUGCCAAGCAAAUUGUAACAGAAUAACAACUAGCUGAGGGUUUAUUUAACAUUAUAAAAAUUAGCCCCAUCACUUGGUUUAGUUUUAAGCCACAAAGUACAGGUAACUAUCUUAAGAUAAUGACUUGGCGAUAGUCUCCUUCAUACGUACAUUUGUACAUGAAAUUUACUCUCAUUUCAUUUCUUUUGCUCUUCCUUUUCUAGUUACGGUGAUAAAGUUCCUCGUAGUAUUUCAGGCCGCCUCUUUGGUGUGGUAUGGAUUAAUGUUGGUCUUGUUAUCCUCGCUAUCUUUAUGGGAAUAAUAACAGCAUCUCUCAGCAGUAACAGUCUUGAACAAGUUAACAACCUAUAUGGAAUGCCAGUAAGUAGGUGUUCCGACUCUUUUCUUUCUCACACCAACGUCAUUACGGAUAACUUGUUAGCACUUGAAAGUUACACAUGAUGGCGUUAAAUAAUAACUUUAGACAGGGUCGCAUUACAGGUGUUAACUCUUAAACUCCCAAGAUCUGAUUGUUGAUUCUCCCCUCUAGCUUCUGCACAUUUCAUUGUUAAUUAGUCAUGAGAAUUGCUGUUAAAUCAAUAUAGCAAUUUCAACCUGAUCAGUUUGCGUAUUCUCAUUACUCGUUUGCUGGAUAAUGUAUGGAUGAUAUUGGGAGAACUUACGUUUUAAUUACAUCUGAGAGUUAAGGGGUUGAAAGAGUUCGCUCACUGACUGAAUAUAUUAAUGGGAAGUACUAAUUGGUCAAUCAGUUCAUGGUCACUGGAAUGCUUGAAUGAGCGUUUUAUGCGAAUUGAGGUCCGAAAAGGCUGCAACUUCUUGAGCGAAAGAGCACUUCCAGAAUGGAAUAAAACUACAGUAGUUUCAUUGUGACCGUGAAUAGCUAUGCGAGGAAAAAAAGAGGCAAACAAGCAGAAAAGAAUGGCGUAGGAGAAUCAGUUUCAACUUUGCAAAUCCUGAUGAGUAUUUCAAUGGUUUCUCAGGUGGCGGUUUUGAAUGGCUCUGCUGAGGAACAGUUAGCUAUUUUACAAAAUGCUGAGGUGCACGGUAAGUUCAGAUUUCUUUAGAUUUACAUGUUUUGCAAUCUCGAUCGAUGCACAGCUGCUGUACCCGAAUCUUCCUCUGCAACAAUUUUAAGAGUGAUUGGUUGUCAUGUUGUUUGACCAUUGCGUACGCUGCGCAGUUUUAACCUUUUCAGUUCUGAAAAGCUAAUGAAGGAUAAAUGAAUACACGGUGACAACGAGAGAUAUCUGGGGGCUGAUCUUUUAUUGAGCUGAAAACAAUAAGCUUAACCUAAUUGUUGGAAAGUUGUCUUCAAAUUUUGGUAAAUUCGGUGCCACUGUUUUGAAUCCUACUCAGCAAUCUGGCCUGUCACCUGUGACGUACCAAAGUUUCGUUACUCCUUUUUCUACUUCUACUUCUAAGCAGUGGCUUAAGUAAUGUAAGAAGCUACGUGAAGGGGAUUCUUGGUCAAAUAAGGUUUUUUUGUUACGAUCGGAGCAGCAGUUGUUUGUGAACCGUGCGUUGUGGUUUUGCGAGUGUGGCUAGGUUACUAAGCUGUUUCUAAAAAUGGCGGCGUCUGUAGGCGGGUUUUUGGAUACUGGAAUGUAAUAUCAAAGCGCAUUAAACAUUAAAAUUUGAUAGAUAUCUCUUGAUAGCGGUGUUUAAAAUCAGUCGGGUUUUAGAGAAUACUUAUAAAAUAAAGCCGAAAACAUGCGUUAAAAUUGUGAUGCAUGGUAAUAACACUGAAAACAGUUGCCUAGAUGAUGGAAGUGAACGAACGAUCGACUCAAUUAAGGAUACUUCUAUGUAUUGUAGCAGCAUCAUUUGUCCUAUGCUUAGAGCAUUUUCAUCAGGAAUAAACUGUCUUGUUCAUUUUAGUCAAACCAAGUUACGACGAGUUGUACAAGAGCGUCAAGAACGAGGAGACCAUGUUAGCUUUAGUAGAUAUUUUCAGCACUACUCAGCACAGUGAAUAUUACAAUACAUACAAGUUAUAUGUGGCUACAGUCCUGGGUGAGCCUGUCAUUUACGGAGCAGUGUUACCCAAGACUAGCGCGGCCCUAAGAUCGUGUUUCCUGAGUUACCAAGAGAACCAUCAGUUGGAAAUACACGAGAUUUUGGAAAAGUUCAGCAAAACAAAACAGGUAUUGUUAUUAAAUUCUGAGGAGUACUUUUUUAAGGAGAAAAUCAGCAGAGGUUUACGUUAGAUAGGUCGAGCGCCCUAAUGGGGAACAUGAAUAAAUGAUAAUGGUACGUGUAUAUUCACGAUUAAACUUAAACUCUCUGGAGACAUAGAGAAAUAGAUGUUUAAAACUUUGCAUGCAGUAAGAUGUGCCUGGUUCUGAAAUGCUGUAUGCAACUAAACUCAACAAUAACCAAUGGACGUCUCAGAAUUUCGUUUUUGGGUCACAGGUGCAUAAAGACAAAAUAUGGGGUAUUUUGCUUAGGAUACACAGUGUCCGCAGUAACUUCGCUUUUUGCGUUGGGGAAAGAUCUUAAUUCAUUUAUACCAUUAUUAAGGCAAUUGAUGAAAAUCUGUUGUUCUAUUGAUCACGAAAAGAAACUACAUUGAGCCUCGUUAAGCAAAACAAUAAUAAGAAAAGGAAAGUGUUACAAUUAUUUGAUCAAAGCCCGUUAACGUUCUCUAUAGCCUGGAAAAACAAGCUCCAAUUAUCUUGAAUAACUUUCAAGUAAAAUUCUCCAAAUUCGAAGAAAUGCGUUCGGCUGAGCCGUAGUAUUUUUAUCCCUCCUCUUUUUUUAGUAUGGCGGUGACAACUCAAGCUCUGGUGCAGACUACUUUGAUGGCAACCUGUUUGGGUACGCAGUUUAUGGCAUGUUUGGGUUGUUCUUGCUCGCCUUAGCUGUUGGUCUUUUCUGGCAGUAUUACCCGCGGGAAAAGAAGGCGCAGGAAAUUCAAAAUCGGAAAGGUAAACUACUGCAGUUAAAUAUUUGUUGUCAGUCUUUACUUCAAGGUUUCAAAUUUCUUCCAACUUUUAAUAGACUGAUUUAUUUUGUCUCGUAGUCAUCUAACAUGGGUUAAGAAUCUGCGCCAACGUAAACAUUUCGAGCCGACAAAGAACGAGCUUUUUAUUCAAUUCACACAAAUUGACCAUUGCAGAGAGAUUAGGACAACAAAAAUGUUUGUUUGGAAUCGCAUUUAGCGUCAGCAAUUUCCCGCAUAUACAUACGGGAGUUGUCUACAUAUAUUUCUUUAUAUAGUUUUGGCCAAGAACUUUCCUUUUUUCCGUAACGUAAAUAAGUCUACAGACCGAGCAUUGAAUCUACAAGUUCAUUUUAUAGAGAAAGUUGAAAGCCGUUCCUUGAUAUCUAUCUACUAGGACAUCAAGUCUGCGCGCGUGACGAUCCCACGCUUUCUAAAUAAAAUCACGUAAAUAAAAGAAAAUUAUUUAUAAAAACGUACAAAUUUAUCAGACGCUGCUUUUCAUGUAGCUGUUGGGAAAUGAACAUCUUUAAAAAUUUUUGCGAUAAUUAUUCGACUGUGUAGUUUAUAUUGAUGGAUAAAAUAGGUAAUUUUAACCGGUUGCUCGAGUUCUGUAGGAACUUCACACCAACUAAACCUGGCCGAAAAUAUACAAAAGCCAUUCUUGUCCUAUUCUUUUGUCAGCAAAACAAGACGUCUCCAAACCUGACCAGAAGACAGUAAAGACAAAUCUGGAAGUGAACGGUCACCAGAGGAAUACUUCGUCAAACUGUGGCGAGCACACGGAGCGACUCAUGGCCGCUCAAAGUGCAGAGCUGUUAGCCAUGGAAGAUGAGCUUAAAGCUUUCCGCAAGAACUGGGAAAAGAACUUCCGAGCUCUACAGGAAAGGCACAAACAAGAACAGCAACGUUUGUUUGAGCUAGACAAUUUGGGCUACGAGAUGUAA